AUGCCUCGUAUCAAUCUAAAAACAGCUAAAAAUGCGCCAAAGGGUUUUGAAGACAUCAAAGAGACAUUGCAGGAAUUCCAAGAAGAAUUAGAUGACAUACAGAGUUCUGAGAAGAGCUCGAAGUUGGCAGCAAGAGCCAACGUUUCGCUGUGGGAGAUCAUGAGAAUCCAUAAUGAGCGUUCGAGAUAUGUAUAUAACUUGUUUUACAAGAGGAAAGCUAUAUCAAGAGAACUUUACGAAUGGCUAUUGAAAAACAAAUAUGGUGACAAGUACCUAAUUUCGAAGUGGAAAAAAAAAGGAUAUGAAAAGCUUUGUUGUCUACGAUGUAUACAGUCAGCGGAGACUGUCCAUGGCACGACGUGUAUUUGUAGAGUUCCCAGAGCACAACUUGAGCGUAAUGCAGAAAAGGAUGGUGAUAGCAAAGUAUCUUUCACCCAAUGUGUUCAUUGUGGAUGUCAUGGUUGUUCGAGUACCGAUUGA